UCCCUCCCCUCUCCGGGGAGGUGGGAAGGGUCUCCUGUCUGAUCCUUUGUCACAGAAGGACUUUGGGUUUUUUACUCUGCUCCGUCGUCCGUGCAGGGACAAGAGGAUUUCACAUCCAAACCAGCAGGGACAGCAGCUCUGACGAUGCAACACACAACUAAGCAAAUCACAUUUGAAUCCUGAUUCCGACGGAAUUGAAGGACAAAGUCAAGAAGCAGGAUGCUUCCUCAAAGGGCAACUGUGAGCACACUGGGUUUCGGCUCAGACUGUGUGAAGAUGGAGCCUAGCGGCAGUGGCUCAGUAGCUGGGACCUUGCUCAGGGGGUCCCGCUCUAAGGCGGAGCUUCAGGAGCUGAUGGAGACGCUGCAGCGUAGGAAGAGUGCCCUGGAGGCCAGUCUGAGGGCAGCUGAGUGCAACCGCAAGUAUUUCAACAUGCCUUCCCCUGGUGGACCCCAGUCCAAACGGCCGAUAUCCAUCCUCAGCAACACGGAGCACCAGCCAUCUUCUUCUAGAACCUUCUCUUACAUGACCAGCAGCAGCGUUCCCCCAUCACCUCGCCAGAGUGAGCGCCAGUUAAACUCCAAUGGUUUUCUACGUCACUCCACUCCUCGCCACCAGUCACAAGAUAGCCUGCUCCUCCCCACAGAUGGAAGUUCUCCCCUUUCCUCUUAUGGAGAACCACUACCUCGUUCUCCAAGGGUCAAGAGCGGCACAGCUAGUGUCCCUUCAAGUCCUCGAAUGGGCCGCAGACUAUACUCACAAGGAAAAGCUGUGAGUGAUUCCAGGCAGAGGAAAUACUCAACAGGUUCCCUCAACAGUCUUGGCAUGCACAGUCGUUCCCUACCACGCCUCCACAAUCCCAUAGAUCCUCCAAUUUUAUCCCUGCCGCCUCAUCUACACAGAGGAGGGCGUUCGAACAUGGCCCGACGCAGUCUCUCCUCCCUUGAGCAACCACCAGAUGUGACAGUACCAGCAAGCAUGCCCAAUACUCCCAGGAGAGCCAGCAUGGCCUCCUUGAGUUCUUUAGGUGUUGAGAUAGAUGGACCAAACUUAGAUGUGAGCUUUGCAGAGCGGAGGUUAUCAUUUGGGAAGGGAGGGCUGACUCCAGGGCAACGGGUGGGAAGUAUCAGCUCGCUGAAUGGCAAAGAGGAAUUGCGAGACUAUCACCAGCACCAGAGAGAUGAGAGACUCAGGGAGCAGAAAGUGCAGAAACUGGAGAGUCAGCGUCUGGAGACCAUCAUGAACCUGUGCACUGAGUUCGCACAUGUGGAGCCUGAAGGUUCAGCAGUUUCAGACCUGCAGAAGAUCAAUAAAGAGCUGGAGAAGCUGCAGGUGUCAGACGAUGAGUCUGUUUUCUCCGACUCACCUAGCAGCAUUGCUCCAGAAAGCUGCUUUGGCAUCAAGGGCCGAGAUUUGCUUCUCAGUGACGAGCAGCAAGUCGGCAGUCAACAGCAGAACAGCUACAGAGAGGUCCAUUCGCCAUCUCUGAGCUUGAACAGCAGCGUGCCGUCACCCUCCAGCCACCAGAGAUCUAAGGUGUUGGAGAGUGCGCAGCUGAAACAGGAAGUAACGCAUAUUGAAGAAGAGAGGAUCCAGGUUGUGAACAACAUUGAAGAGCUGGAGCAGAAGAUUAAAGACCUGGAUAACCAGAUGGAGGAGUCAGUAAGAGAGAUGGAGGUGGAGUGUGCUUUGCUGGAAGGAGAGCAGGAGUCAGAGAUGACCCAGCUACAAAAAGAAAAGGAGCUUCUGGACCAACUUAGGGAAAAGAUUCAUAGUUCCGAGAAAGUUAGCCACACUGAGAAGGCACAGGAAGCAGAGGAGCAAACCAAAAGCCUGGAGGAUUUGGAGUUCCAGAAAUUAGAAAAAGAGAUUGACCAAGAUGAGGAAAAGGAAAAUCAGAGUCAUUUACUGAGAGAGAUCGCUGACUGUCAACGUCUCGCUAUCACACGCAAGGAGAGACUUACCACGCUGAAGAAACAGUCCUCGCAGAUUGCUCUGCAGUCCCAGCAGGAGAGAGAGAACUUUCAGAGGGAAAAAAACAAUCUGCUCAUCAUGCUGCAGAAGGAAAGAGAGAAGCUGGCGUCUUUGGAAGGAAAGUAUGCGGAAUUGUCUGAGAAGCAGAACUUGGCUAACAGCAACAAUACUGCCAUCAAAGAGCACAUACAAACCAUGAGGGAAAGGAGGAGAAGCGGCAAAGAAAACUCAGCACAUCCAAGUGACAACGGAACUCAUAAGAGGAGAGAGCAGCUCGUCACUCUUUAUGGAAGAACUCUGGGACGCACCCUUCCACCAAAGGCCCAUCUGCCUUUGUCUCAAAGCUCCAGCUGUGGCAGCGUCAUCCCACAAGGCCUCAGCUUCGCCCCUCGAGACCUGAACACUCGCCGUCUGCCAAAAACAGGCAACAGCCACACUCACAUGAAUGACGCCGUGCACGACAGACAGAGAAAAAGUGAUUUCUGUAACCGACUGCUGUCAGAGCCCAAUGUUUUCCUCGACUCUUUGUCCUACCCGGAUAACAGCCAAGCCUCUGACACAGUUAGUGUGGACAGCUCUGACAGUCUGGAGACCAGCUUCUCCGCAUGCUCUCCGGAUAACAUCUCCAGCGCCAGUAUGUCCAACAUGGCCAAGCUUGAGGAGAUGGAGCGUUUACUCCGAGAGGCGCAGGUGGAAAAGCUACGACUGCUUGAGCACAGGGAACGUGAGAUGGAGAUACGCAGGCAUGCCCUGGAGGAGGAGCGAAGAAGGAGGGAGGAACUGGAGAAACGACUGCAGGAGGAGACGACCAGGAGACAGAGACUUGUGGAACGGGAGGUGAAGCUCAGGGAGAAACAAAGAUCUCAGUCCAGACUCCUGACACGCUACCUGCCUGUGAGGAAAGAUGACUUCGACCUCCACGACCACAUUGAGGCAGCGGGACACAAUCCGGAUGCUUGCUUCCAUCUGGCCAUCACAGACAAAACAUGUCGAGGUUUCCUUGUCAAGAUGGGGGGCAAAAUCAAGACAUGGAAGAAACGCUGGUUCGUGUUUGACCAGAAUCGCAGGACGCUCACAUACUAUGCAGAUAAACAUGAAACCAAGAUGAAAGGAGUCAUUUACUUCCAGGCCAUAGAGGAGGUGUACUAUGACCAUUUGAAGAAUGCACACAAAAGUCCCAACCCCUCGCUGACCUUUAGUGUGAAGACUCAUGAUCGAGUGUACUACAUGGUGGCCCCGUCUCCUGAGGCCAUGCGUAUCUGGAUGGAUGUUAUCGUGACAGGUGCAGAGGGACACAUGCACUUCAUGGUCUAACGCAUCCUUAAAGGGGUUUUUCAGUGUGUGUCUGUGUGUGUGUGUUUGAAUGGGAAAACCUGAAUGCUCUAUCAUGUAAUCAAGUAUAUCGAUCAUAAUAUACCAGUCUCAUCAUGAAGCUAUUGUUGGGUUUAAAUCAGGGGUGUCCAAAGUGGGCCAUUUGAGGCCUUCGGCUGCUUUUUUAAUUGGCUUGCAGCAGCAAUAAUUGAAAACUCAGCAGGAAUUCCACACCAAUAAAGUAAAAAAAAACAAUAUUUUGAGAAACAAAGUGUGAAUGGUUGUUUGUCUAUAUGUGCCCUGCGAUUGGCUGGCAACCAGUCCGGGUUGAACCCGGCCUCUCGCCCAAGGACAGCUGGAAUAGGCUCUAUCUUACCAUAGGAUAAGCGGAAUAGAAAAUGGAUGGAUGGAUGAACAAACACAACAAAUAAUGUUGUAAUUUGGGGAAACUUAAGUUGCGGGAAGAGUUACAGCUACUGGAAUAAAGUCAAAAUAUUAUGAAAUAACGUCAUGAAUAUCAUGUGAAAAAGUAGUUGGAAAUGGAAGAAAUUAAAACAAAACGCUGUAAUUUUAUGAGAAUAAAGUCAAACUACAAUGACAAAAAGGCAGUUUUACAAGAUUUAACUUGUAAUACUAUGAGGAAAAACAAUAAAACAAAGUUUAAAUGUUAAAGAAAAAAGUACAUUUUUAAAAAGUUGUAACUAUGAGAAAAAAAAAUAAGUGGUAAUUUUUGGAAAAUUAGGUUGGGGAAUAAAGUCAUAAUAUUACAAAAAGGACACAGAUUACUUAAGGAGAACGUUGAAAUAAUUAGGAAAGUUUCAAUAUUUAAAAAACCCAGCUAUUUUUAUUUUGUAGAAAUAAAUUUUAAUUUAGCAUAUCUGCAUGUGCCGCUUAUAAAACAUCAACGUCACCCUGACAUCCUUUCAUUUUUUGGUACUGUAUGUGGACACCCCUGCACUAAAUCAACAUUCUUUUGUAAUGUAACAAGUUAAAAAAACAGUCCUGGCUUGUAUCUACUUGUAUCAGUUUGAGGCCAUCUACUCCAAAAUAGUACAGCUGAAAUCUGCGAAAACCAGGUUGCAUUGAACGCAGCAGUGGGAACAGACUUGCAAACAAAGCAAUGAUGACAAACCAGAGUCUAUACUAUAUAUUUCUUAGCCCAGGUAAGGGCAGCAAGAAAAGCGGUGCCCGUGGAGUUAGCAUCCAGUUAGCACGUGUGUUGAUGUUAUCAUUGCCAGUUGUGUAUAUUCAAGCAGCAGUACCUGGUAGUAGUAGUACCAGCUUUUGCCAAUAGACAUAUCAGUGGCUAACAUAGCCAUGCACAGCCGUGUAGCCUAAUGUGCAGUGAAAAAGGGGCAUUAGGGAAAAACUCGUUACAAUUGGUGAUUAAAACACACAGUAACCUUCUUGUUUAAGGUGCGUGGCUGCUGUUUUAACCUCAUAUAAUCUGACGCACUUUCAUUCCAUAAAGAGAGAGGUCCAUAUCACUUUGUAACCUCCAUCAUUUCUCUUUACCUUAAUCACUAUAUUAAGUCAUGUUUUUACAUGAAUUCACAUAUUGCCACAUAUUUUUAAAUGGGCUGUGUUAUUGUGAUGUGUUAUUUUACCUCUUAUAAACGCCAGCAUUUUAUGAAGUGUUUGUUUGCACCAAAAUGAAAUGAAUGUAAAGCCAAAUAAAUUGUGAAAUAUUGUAUUAAAUUCACCAUUAAUUUAAUUGUGAAAUGUAAUUCAAUGUUAAGGAAUUGUACAUUUUAUGACCAAUAUACAUUAUUAUUGGCUCACAUUGCAGUUCGUCCAAUCAGACCAUUGACCCCGCCCUUCACUUUUUUAAUGGGCGACAAUUAUUGUUAUUUUUGGCUUUAUAUUGAUUUAAUUUGGGUACCCGCCAUAGUUUGUGAUUGCUGCUGCCGGUCUUACUACAAAAAAAUAGCGCCCUCUAGCUGUAACACAGGCUGCUAACACAAUGCGAUGAGGUCAUGCACACAUUUCAGUAUUAUUUUUCACCAGCAGAGGCCCUCAGUGCGAGAGUUAUUGCACCAAAAUGACGUAAUGCUUUCAUCCAUCUGUCAUUGAGCAGUAAAAAAAGUGUCUGAUGUCCCCAUUUCAUAUCAAUAUGCUCUUGUAUAUGAGUUGUAUAUCACAUUUAUAUAUUUUUGUAUUGCACAAUACAGUACAUGGUUGACAUUUUUUUACAUUUUGUGUCCUCAAGG